CCCGCUCUUUCUUUCGCGUGCAACUUCAUCGUCCAUUCCUCUCUGACUCACGGCAACGUCAGGUCAGUAACGAGUGAAUUUUACAAAGUGCUCAGUAUUGUGCCGACUACAUAGAGGAGUGGGUGUCUUUACGUUGCUAGUGAACGAUAUUUCUCAGAUGAUGUUUUCCAGUUCUACACUGGGUGUCCUUUUAGGGACGAUAUUGAUUAUCUCGUCGAUACCAAGUGCAACGUCUUACACUAAAUAUGGGAGGACAUGCAAGGACAUUGGAUGCAUGAGGGAUGAGGUCUGCGUGAUGGAAGAGGAUCCAUGCUCGAUCUACCGACGAGAUAACUGCGGCCGUUAUCCGACUUGCGCGAAAGCUCAUCCAGGCGGAGCAAACUGCGCAAGUACUGUUUGCGGCGAAAACGAAUACUGCAAAACCGAAAAUGGUGUGCCAACAUGCGUGAAGAAGUCGACCGCAAUUGAUAACGAAUUGUUCGCAGAGUUCAACGAUGGAAGCAACAAGAUAGUCGCAAGACGACAGAGCGAAGUGAAAUCCGCGUCACCUGAUUCAUCGGGCUCGCCGUCAUCUAGAUCAGGAUACCCGUCUGGAAGCGGAUAUCCGGAGACUAAAAGUUCUGACAGUCAACCAAGUUCAUCAGGCUAUCCUUCUGGUUCUGGUUAUCCUUCCAGAAGUACCUCGUCUGGCUAUCCUUCUGGUUCAGGUUAUCCUUCCAGUUCAUCGGGAUAUCCAUCGAGAAGCUCUGGUUACCCAUCGGAGUCUGGAAGUCCGUCACGAAGUGGUUAUCCUAGCAGCUCUGGAUAUCCUUCAGAAUCUGGAUAUCCCUCGAGAAGCUCUUCGGGUUAUCCGGCACAGUCAGGAUACCCAUCGAGAAGCUCCUCGGGUUACCCGACUCAGACAUCAUCUGGUUAUCCGUCGAGCAGUAGUUCUGGUUAUCCUUCAGGCUCGAGUGGUUACCCUAGUGGUUAUCCCUCGAGUUCUCGAGGAUAUCCAUCGAGUUCUGGUUAUCCUCGUGGCGAUGAAAGUGUUCAAAGAGUGACUGCCAACACGGUUAAUGCUGGAUAUCCUAGCCAAUCUUCUCGAAGCGGUUAUCCGUCUCAAAACACCGGAUAUUUGUCGCAGUCUGGAUACCCCGGUCAAUCUUCUCAAAGCGGUUAUCCGUCUCAAAACACCGGAUAUCCCUCGCAAUCUGGAUAUCCAGGUGGUCAAUAUUCUCAAUACCCUCAAAGUUACCCUCAGGGAUAUCCACAGGGUUACCCACAAGGUUAUCCGCAGGGUUAUCCGCAGGGUUACCCACAGGGUUAUCCACAGGGAUAUCCACAAGGAUACCCGCAGGGUUAUCCACAAGGAAAUUAUCCUCCUACUACGAGGAAACCUGAUAUCACUGAUCAAUUAACCAACUUUGCUAAAGAUCUGGCUGGCAGAUAUUUAACCCAGACGAUUUUAGAUAAAGUCCAAGGAAAACAUUAAUUCGCUUAAUGUAAUCAUUAGGAAGUUUUAGGACAAUCGUUCAGUUACAAUAUGUUUCGCUAAUUAAUGUUGCUUUGUUGCAUCGGUCGCCGUCUGCAGCGAUAUUACUUCACAGUUAUACAGAUACAUUCUUAAAUAAAGCUUGUGAUUCAGUUAA